AUGGAAAAAGAGAACAAUUUAUAUUCAAAAAUUCAAGAAGAACAGCGUGAGGUAGAAAAUAAGUAUAGUAAACACAUGUAUGAAGAGUUUAACUUGAAAUUAAAGUAUCAGAAUCUUAUGGAACCUUUCUUAAAGGAGAGAGAUACAGCAAUCAGAUCUUUAACAAAAAAACAGAGAAUUUUUUUAUUUGAGAAAAUCACUGGGAAAUUUUCAGAAUUCCUGUCUCUAUUACCAACUUAUACACACGAGGAUAUAGAGUAUUAUGACAUGUAUUUUAUCAAUAUGUUGAAAGUAACUCUUUUAGAAAACUUUGAAGCAAAAGUUGAAUUGGAAUUAUUUGAAAAUCCUUAUAUUGAAAACACUAAAUUAGAGCGUAUUUUUUGUUUAGUUGAUAACAAGAAUCAAUUUGAUAAAAUUAAUUAUAAAGAAGGAGUGGAAAAGUGUGAUUUAUUUAAUUUCUUUGAAGAAAGAAAAGCUAUUGAUUUAUCAUAUUUUAAUGCUAUUUAUGAUUUAUACCUUGAUUUAGGUGAUGGAAUUAUUUUAGAAUAA